AUGCGCAUCCUCCACACUAACCUGCGAAGGUCAAGGCGAGCACAAGACCUGCUCCACCAAACCAUCCGGGAGAGCACGGUCGCCCUAGCGGUGGUGGCGGAACCAUACAGAGUUCUGGAUGCCCCGGAGUGGGUCGGAGACACGGACGGAAUGGUUGCCGUCACCUGGACAUCAACGCCCGGGGCGUUCGCCCACGGAGCCCUGCUGGAACGCGGCAACGGAUACGCCGCGGUCGAGUGGGCAGGGAUGAUGGUGGUGGGGGUGUACGUGUCACCUAACAGCGGACGGGCAGCGUUCGAGGAAUUCCUAGACGGAGUUGGCGACUGCGUUAGGCGACGACUCCCCCGACAAGUGCUCGUCCUGGGAGACUUCAACGCGCACUCCACGGAAUGGGGGAACGCCAGGACCAACGCCCGCGGCCGCACGCUAUCAAACUGGGCCGCGGGACUUGGACUUCUGUUAGUGAACAAAGGCUCGACCAGUACCUGCGUGACGUGCAGAGGGAGCCCAUUGUUGACAUAA